UUUCAAAAGACAACUUCUACAUUUACAAUCCAUUGUUUGUGCUGAAUCACUUUGUUUUCUAAAUUGGCAUUGCUAGACAAUCGGAUUUAGUUUAUACACCUAAAAAUUCUGUCUUCAUUAAGAUUAAAGAUGUACUGAUUUAACAAUACGUGCAGUGUUUUUUAGUGGUGUAGAACAUUCUAAGACCUGUUUCUGUGUUUCAUCCUCGUGGAGCUAAAUAAUGUGAUGAAAAUUCUGAAACUGUGUGAUUGAAAGUUGUGGAUGGUAGUUUUCUAAUCCAACAGCUGUAUAAAUUCAUUGACAAAUGUUUUGUUAAGAUUUCCACAGAUAGAAGCCUUAUUCUUACACAUGCAGUCAGCCCCCUCCACGUGACUCGCAGUCAGGGUAGGGGGUGGUGACUCUGUAUAAAUAAUCGAAUCCUUGGAGACCUUCUGCCAAAAUCCAGAAGAGCUGCACGAAGUUACAAGCUCGCCGUUCGUGCCACAGGAAAUUUGACCCCUCGUUUUGAUUAAUAAGUGACAAGAUGGCGCACCUGGAUAACUGCACCCAGGCUUCCACACCCUCCCCACUUCACGCACAGGCGGCACAAAGCGGCGGGAACUCAUACUUGUACAUUUUAAUGGUCGUCACUUUCUACGGAGUCUUCCUGUGCGGCAUCAUGCUGGGCUACUUCCACUCCAAGAGAAAGGAGAAGAGGAGGACCAACAUCUUCACCCGCCUCGUGCACGAGGAGGAGCAGCGGGAGUGGGGCGCGCUCCCCAAGAAGCACAGCCUCUCCUUCACGGCGGAGGCCGCCGCGGGAGCGCGCUCACUGAACCUGGCCUUGCCUUUCUGCGGUAACCACGGCAACCGCUUCGGACAUCUUCGCCGCGAGGGCGCGCUGCCCUCUCCGCUCGCGUGCGCGCUCUGCACGGAGCAAAGCAGCGUCAGCUCCCUGUGCUCCUCCGCGGACACGCGCUUGGCCAUCGAGGAGGAGGAGUCGGACAGUGGCAGCGGGGAGGGGCCGGAGGAGACCCCCAAGAGGCCAGUGCAGAACAGUGAGGAGGACUCCGGCUGAAAAAAAAAACAACAAGGAAGGAAGUGCAACAAGCCCCAUCAGAAGUGAUGCUCAAAAAGCAGAGGUGGAACAAAAGCUGCUCACACUUUGUACUUAAGUUGAAGUACAGGUAAUUGUGUGCCAAAAAAAAAAAAAAAGAGACUGUGGUUUAAAAGGGGCCUUCUGAUUCAACUCGUGGACUUAAAGUCAAUUCAGAUCCUGAAAAAGUAGAGAAUUUAAAAGUACAAAUACACUUUUCCUCUCAAUUGCAUACAACACAUUUGAUACUUGGCACAGCAACAAAAACACUGCCCACAAAAUAGUGAACCUCUGAUCAACUUGCAUCAUGCUCGUUCAAGGAGAAAAGGAAAAAAAAAAAAAAAAGACAGCGCUUGCAGUAAGAUAAUCGGGACUGAACAAUUGUUGUGACACAUUCAUAAAUGUAUCUAUACUGCAGAAAUAACAUUGUUUAUUUCAUUUUGCUGUCUGCUAUUGUGUGGAUGUAAAAUGGCUGCCAUAUCCCGGCACUUCAGAUCACAGUCGUUAUCCAGGAAAAUGGCGCUGUGUGGGAACUGCUUUUGUUUUCUAUACAUAUGCUUUAUUUAAUACAGAUCGGUGAUUCAAUUGUGUAACUAAUGUUUAAAAUGGACUUGCUUCAUUAUCUUAAUAAUGCAGUUUUGGAGUUUUGGAGUAGUGAACAGGAAAAACAAUCUCAAGCAGUCGUGCUUUGCUUUGUAAAACGCCAUUUCAUUCGUGAUAGAGAUUGUAUAUAUUCUUUUUAUGUGCUGUUUAGUGCAUUUACAUUGAAAUAGCUCGAAAAUACGGACACCAAUUUGCCUUGAUAUGGAAUGCAUUAGUAUCUGGCGGCAUUUCUGAAAAAAAAAAAAAAAAAAAAAGACCACUUAGCUGGAUACAUUUGUAUUAUAUCCUGAAGAAUCUCCGCCUUGCCUCAUUGCAAACGGGUUGAUGACUCAUCCUGCAGGUAUCUGAGGAAACCGCCGUCUUUUUUUUUUUUUUUUGGGCACGCUGGACUGAAACAAAUAUUUUUGCCUUUACUCUGUUAUGCUCUCAACAUGCACCUGGGACACACUUGAAAGACUGUUAAUAGGCCUGUCUGUCUGUCAACAAAUGUAUGUUUUAGCUCCCUGACAUGCACUCUGGUAAUCCGUGCUGUAAAUUUGCAUGAUCAAUAUACGUAGUGCACAUUGUGAAUGGUAUUAUCACCAUGUGUGGCUUAAUUUAAGAGGUAGUGAGAAAAAUAAAUGGUUUACUUUGUACUUACAGUACUAAUGCUCCCGUUUUGUUGUUAUACCCCAUGGCACCAAUAAGAGGCAGUCUUGUAGUGGUUAUUCAAUGAACCAAGGGAAUAGAAUGAGGGUCAAAUGAGAUUAAGAGGGAAGAAGAAAUUGCGUCCAUGUUAUUUUUGGACCUAACCUUCCUCAUGUCAUAAUUGUGUCCAAGGCAGAGAAGAAAUAUACAAUACAGUCCACUUUGUAAAGUAAUUAGAAAGAGAAUCAGUUGAACACUUCCCGGUCUAGUUUCGUAGUCGAAUAAACAGUUUACACUGCAACAAAGAUAGCAAGCUCUGUUCGAAAUAACUUUGAAAUAUGUAUUUAUUUGACGAAAUGUUGAUUUCAUUUGGCAUUAUUCUGGUUGUAGUGGGAUGUUGUAAAGUAUGUUUGCCUCAUAAUCAGAGGCGAUACUUCUAUAAUUGUACCCCUCUCAUAAGGUAACCAAAUAGAAACAUGAAAUAUGAAAUAUGAUGCAGUGUAGUUCUCCAGCACUCCCAACCACAACUACAUAAAACUAAUUCUUCAACUUGAGAAUGUCAUUUCAAUUGCAUGUGAAUGCUUAAGAGCUGAAACUGGACUGCCAUGCUGUAGAAUUGAUUGAAAUGUAAGAAAUGUAGACUGUGUGACUAGUAAAAAAAAAUAUGGGUUAUAGUUCUGAGAAUUGAAGUGCUAAGCCAGAUUCAGUUAUUAAAAAUAUAUAUAAUAGAAUUCA